GGAAGCAGCAAGAAAUGAUGGGUGGCUUGGUGUCCUGGAGCUUGUUUGAGGGGAUUUGAACGAGCAGGACUUGAACUACUAAAACAAAGGGCUGUUCUACGUGGCCCACACCACCUGGAAAAGGGCAGCCGGCUUCUCUGUGGAAUUUCUAAGGAAAGAGAAGCCUCUGGACUGGAAGCCCGUCUCUAGCAGCUCGAGGGAAAACUCCGUUCUCACCCAGUGUGAUUUUGAGGAUGACUCCAAACCCCUCUGUGAUUGGAGCCAAGUGUCUAAAGAUGACGGGGCCUGGACUCGGGCCAGUGAGCCCUCCCCCACCAGCAGCACCGCGCCCGCCGGAGGGUACCCCAAUGGAAGUGAGGAAGCCGAAGGUUUAGGGAGGCAUCUGGGAGGUGGACACUGGUGGAUCUGGGUGCAGGGAGGCGGCCGGAAGUGAUACCCGGGCUCUGGGAAGGGGGGCGGCAGGGCCUCACCAUCCCUGGCUCUGCCUCCCCCAGAGGGCUACUACCUGCACAUGGACUCCAACACCUUCCGCCCGGGCGGGGUGGCGCGCCUGCGCAGCCCCCCCGUAUGGGAGCAAGGCCUCCUCUGCGUGCGCUUCGCCUACUACAUGUUCGGGCCGUCGUGGGGCGCCCAGCUCAAGCUGCUGUUGACCACGGACCCCAAGGGCAAGCGCCCCAACGUGCUCUGGAAACACAGGAACACCCAGAGCCCCUCCUGGAUACCCACCGCCGUCACGGUGCCCAUCGGGCGCAUCCUGCCCAGUCGGCUGACAUUUGAAGGAGUCAGGGGCAGCACGGUUUAUCUGGACAUCGCUCUGGAUGCCAUCUCUAUCCGUCGGGGCUCCUGCAGUCGGGUCUGCAAGACGCAAACGUGCAGUUUUGACACUCCAAAUGAUCUCUGUGGCUGGAGCUGGAUCCCGACGGCCUCUGGGGCCAAGUGGGUCCAGAAGAAGGGGUCAACAGGGGUGCCGAACGUGGGGCCUGAGGAUGACUUCUCUAGCCCUGGUAGCGGCUUCUACAUGCUCCUGGACCCCAAGAAUGCAAAACCGAGGCAGAGCUCUGCCCUCCUGAGCCCUGUGCUCCAGUCCUUCGGCUGCCUGAGCCUGUCCUUUCACUACACCCUACGUGGCCAGUCUCCUGGCGCAGCCCUCACGGUCUAUGCUUCUGACUUGGGCAGCCGCCGGAAACACACACUCUUUUCAGGACAACCCGGACCCAACUGGCAGCCCGUUUCUGUCAAUUACACAGGCCAGGGACAGAUUCAGUUCACCAUGGUGGGCGUGUUUGGAGAGAUCCCAGAGCCAGUGGUGGCGGUGGAUGCAAUCAGCAUUGCUCCCUGCGGGGAGAGCUUUCCUCAGUGUGACUUUGAAGAUGAGGCCCAUCCCUUCUGUGACUGGGUCCAGGCAUUACAGGAUGGCGGACACUGGACCCAGGGAAGUAAAAACACGCUCAUCCAGGGUACAGGCCCCUCGGGAGCCUCCCUUAAUGGAGAGGGUCACUUUGUCUACCUUGAGGCCGACAAGUUCUCCCAGGCAGGCCAGUCUUUCAGACUGACGAGCCGGACCUUCUGUGCCCCGGGUGCGAUCUGUGUGGAGUUUACCUACCACAUGUAUGGCCUCGGGAAUGGCACAAAGCUCAGGCUUCUGCUGGGGAGCCCUGCGGACAGCUCCCCAACUCCUCUCUGGGAACGAGUUGGGUCUCAAAGCGCUGACUGGCUGAACGUCUCCAUCACCGUCCCUUCGGGACAUCAACAGCCCAUGCAGCUGAUGUUUGAGGCCGAGAGGGGCACCAGCACCGCCUUCAUUGUUGCUCUGGGUUUCAUCUCGAUCAGUCACGGGACCUGUCAAGGACCUGCCUCAGUAGCGCCUCCUUCCAAACCUGCCGUUACCUGCACUGGCCCUCCUGAAACCCCUGUCUGCACAGAGAAACUUGUGGCCCCUGAGGAAACACCCACCGUCCCCACUGAAAUAUUCACCAUCCCCACAGGGAAACCUGUGGCCCCCACCGAAAGGACCACCUUCCCCACUAAAAAGACCACCAUCCCCACAGAAAAACCCACGGUCCCCACCGAAAGGACCACCUUCCCCACUAAAAAGACCACCAUCCCCACAGAAAAACCCACGGUCCCCACCGAAAGGACCACAUUCCCCACUAAAAAGACCACCAUCCCCACAGAAAAACCCACGGUCCCCACCGAAAGCACCACCUUCCCCACUAAAAAGACCACCAUCCCCACAGAAAAACCCACGGUCCCCACCGAAAGGACCACCAUCCCCACUAAAAAGACCACCAUCCCCACAGAAAAACCCACGGUCCCCACCGAAAGGACCACCUUCCCCACUAAAAAGACCACCAUCCCCACAGAAAAACCCACGGUCCCCACCGAAAGGACCACCUUCCCCACUAAAAAGACCACCAUCCCCACAGAAAAACCCACGGUCCCCACCGAAAGCACCACCUUCCCCACUAAAAAGACCACCAUCCCCACAGAAAAACCCACGGUCCCCACCGAAAGGACCACCAUCCCCACUAAAAAGACCACCAUCCCCACAGAAAAACCCACGGUCCCCACAGAAAGGACCACCAUCCCCACUAAAAAGACCACCAUCCCCACAGAAAAACCCACGGUCCCCACCGAAAGCACCACCUUCCCCACUAAAAAGACCACCAUCCCCACAGAAAAACCCACGGUCCCCACCGAAAGCACCACCUUCCCCACUAAAAAGACCACCAUCCCCACAGAAAAACCCACGGUCCCCACCGAAAGGACCACCAUCCCCACUAAAAAGACCACCAUCCCCACAGAAAAACCCACGGUCCCCACCGAAAGCACCACCUUCCCCACUAAAAAGACCACCAUCCCCACAGAAAAACCCACGGUCCCCACCGAAAGGACCACCAUCCCCACUAAAAAGACCACCAUCCCCACAGAAAAACCCACGGUCCCCACCGAAAGGACCACCAUCCCCACUAAAAAGACCACCAUCCCCACAGAAAAACCCACGGUCCCCACCGAAAGGACCACCAUCCCCACUAAAAAGACCACCAUCCCCACAGAAAAACCCACAGUCCCCACUGAAAGGCCCACAGUUCCCACCAAAAGGACCACCAUCCCCACGGAAAAACCCACAGUCCCCACUGAAAGGCCCACAGUUCCCACGACACCCCAGCCCAGCCCAACUCUUGUACCCACCUGGCCAACAGUUUUCGUGAUGCCAAGUACCUCCAUGACCACCGUGACCCCGGCCACCACUGCAACCCCAAGACCUACUCCAGUGAGCUGCCCGCCGAAUGCCCACUACGAGCGCUGUGCCUGCCCAGCAUCCUGCCAGAGCCCCGCGCCCAGCUGUGGGCUCCUUUGCAAGUCCGGCUGUGUCUGCGAUCCUGGCUUUCUGUUCAGUGACUCCCGCUGCAUCAAUGCCUCUUCCUGCAAUUGCUCCUACAAUGACAAUUACUAUAAGCCAGGGACGGGGUGGUUCAGCCCCAACUGCACAGAACGUUGCCGCUGCCAGCCUGGCGGUUGGACGGAGUGCCAGCCCUAUAAGUGCGGGACACAUACAGUGUGCCAGCUGAAGAAUGGCCAGUACGGAUGCCACCCCUAUGGCACUGCCACCUGCUUCAUCUACGGAGACCCUCAUUACCUGACCUUCGACGGGAGGCACUUUAGCUUCAUGGGCAAGUGCACCUACAUCCUGGCCCAACCCUGUGGCAACUUGACGGAGCCAUUCUUCAGGCUGACGGUGAAGCAUGAGGAGCGAGGACAGGAGGGCGUGUCCUGCCUGAGCAAGGUCUACGUGACUCUGCCCGAAACCACCAUCACCCUGCUCAAGGGCAGACACACACUGGUUGGGGAUCAGCGAGUCACCCUCCCAGCCAUACCUUCUAAAGGCAUCUUCCUGACUCCAAGCGGGCGAUCUGUGCAGCUGCAGACGGCAUUCGGUCUGCGGGUGAGAUGGGAUGGUGACCAGCAGCUGUCUGUGAGCGUGCCCAGCACCUACUCUGGCAAACUCUGCGGUUUCUGUGGCAACUAUGAUGGAGACAGUAGCAACGACAACCAGAAGCCGGAUGGUAGACCAGCGCGAGAUGAGACGGAGCUGGGUAUCAGCUGGCGGGCCUCGGAGGAUGAAGACCACGAGUGCCAGGAGAACCGGGCAUCUCCCCCAUCUUGCGACACUGCCUUGCAGAACACUGUGUCAGGGCCAGAGUUCUGUGGACGGCUCACGGUCGCUCACGGACCUUUUGAGGCCUGCCUGCCUCACCUCAGGGCCUCUUCCUUCUUCGACAACUGCGUGUUUGACAUGUGUAAUUUCCAGGGGCUGCAGCAGAUGCUGUGUGCCCACAUGUCGGCCUUGACCGAGACCUGCCAGGAUGCCGGCUACGUGGUGAAGCCCUGGAGAGGACCCCAGUUCUGCCCACUGGCCUGUCCACCCAACAGCCGAUACACCCUGUGUGCCAAGCUGUGCCCCGACACCUGCCAUUCCGAGCUCUCGGGCAUGGCCUGCCAGAACCGCUGCGUGGAGGGCUGCGAGUGCGACCCGGGCUUCGUCCUCAGCGGUCUCCAGUGCGUCCCCAGGUCCGAAUGUGGCUGCCUUGACCCCACGGCCGGCUACUUCAAGGUAGGGGAGCGGUGGCUCAAGCCAGGCUGCAGACAGCUCUGCAUCUGCGAGGGCAGCAACAGAGCUCGCUGUGAGCAGUGGAGGUGCCAGGCCCAGGAGGUGUGUGGUCGGCAGGAUGGCAUCUAUGGCUGCCACGCUCAAGGGUCCGCUACCUGCACUGUCUCGGGGGACCCCCAUUACCUGACAUUCGACGGAGCCCUGCACCACUUCAUGGGCACCUGCACCUACACCCUGACCCAGCCUUGUUGGUUGAGGUCCCCAGAAAAUUACUUCGUCGUGAGCGCCACCAACGAGUUCCGCGGCGGAAACUUGGAGGCCUCCUAUGUCAAAACCGUCCAAGUGCAGGUCUUCAACCUCAGAAUCUCCAUGAUCAAAGGCCGCAAGGUCAUGCUAGAUGGUCGCCGGGUGGCCCUGCCCGUGUGGCCUGCACAAGGCCGGGUGAACGUGAGGUCCAGUGGCUCCUUUAUCCUCCUCUACACGGACUUCGGGCUUCAAGUUCGCUAUGAUGGGAACCACCUGGUGGAAGUGACCGUGCCCUCCUCCUACGCUGGCCGGCUCUGCGGGAUGUGCGGGAACUUCAACAACAACAGCCUAGAUGACAAUCUGCAGCCUGAUAAAAGGCCUGCGGUCAGCUCCGUGAAGCUGGGGGCCUCCUGGAAGCUAAAUGAGUUGUCUGAACCUGGCUGCUUUGCUGCGGGUGGCGGGCCCCCCAGGUGCCUGGGGAAGAAAGUGACGGAGGCCUGGAAUAAGAACUGUGAUAUCUUAAUGAACCCUCAGGGACCCUUCUCCCAGUGCCACGGGGUGGUGGCCCCACACUCCAGCUUCACCAGUUGCGUGUACGGCCAGUGUGGGACCAAGGGCGACACCUCGACCCUGUGCCGCUCCCUGCAGGCCUACGCGUCCCUGUGCGCCCGCGCAGGCCAGGCCCUCGCCUGGCGGAACACCACCUUCUGCCCUCUGAACUGCCCACUGGGCAGCAGCUACAGCACCUGUGCCAAGCCCUGCCCGGCCACCUGCCUCAGCCUGAGCGCUCCAUCAUACUGCCCGUCCUCGCUGCCCUGCGCCGAGGGCUGCGAGUGCCAGAAAGGCCACAUCCUGAGUGGGACCUCCUGUGUGCCCCUCAGCCAGUGUGGCUGUACCAGCCAGAGGGGCUCCUACCACCCGGUCGGGGAGAGCUGGUACACGGACAACACCUGCUCCAGGCUCUGCACCUGCUCCGCUCACAACAACAUCUCCUGCCUCCAGACCGCCUGCGAGCCUGGCCAGAUGUGCGGGUCCCGGGAUGGGCUGAUACGGUGCCGGGCGGCAGGGAUGGGAGAGUGCCACCUCCGCAACGCGUCCCACUACGCAAGCUUCGAUGGCAGUUACCAUGCGGUCAGGGGCACCUGCACUUACGUCUUGGUGAAAAUAUGCCACUCCACCGUGGACCUGCCUUUCUUCAAGAUCAGUGGCAAGAAUGGGAAGCGGAAAGACCAGCCCCACACUUUCUACCUCCGCCAGGUCCACGUGGACAUCUUCAAUACCCUGGUCACCCUGAAGAAGGACCAAGUGCUGAUCAAUGGCACACGGGUCACCCUCCCGGCGACCACCCAGAUCCGGGGAGUCAAAGUCAUUUCCAGGGACGGCUACACCGUGCUCACCAUCAACAUUGGGGUGCAAGUCAAGUUUGACGGCAAUGGUUUCCUAGAGGUCGAAAUCCCCAAAGCCUAUUAUGAAAAGACCUGCGGCAUGUGCGGGAACUUCAACGGCGAGGAAGAAGACGAACUAUUGAUGCCUAAUGACGAACUAGCCCUGGAUGACGUCAUGUAUGUGGACAGUUGGCAAGACGAGGAGAUCGACCCAAAUUGCCAAGAAGAUGACAAGAAGACUGAAGCAGAACCUCAGGAGAAGCCAAACACGAACUGCCGGGCAGCUGACCUGGCAAGAGCCCGGGAGCAAUGCCAGGCGGCUUUCCAGGCUCCAGCCUGGGCGAAGUGUGCCACCCGCGUGAUUCCCAGUCCCUUCCUGCUCAGAUGUACCCACAGCCUCUGUGAGUCUGGAGGCCUCAACCAUGCUCUCUGCCAGUCUCUACAAGCCUUCGGGGCCGCCUGCCAGGCCCAGGGGAUCAAGCCUCCGAUCUGGAGAAACAGCAGCUUCUGCCCUCUGGACUGCUCCGCCCACAGCACCUACACCACCUGCGUUCCCUCCUGCCCUCCUUCCUGCUGGGACCCGGAAGGCCAGUGCAAAGGCUCCAGAGUGCCCUCCACCUGCGAGGAGGGCUGUGUCUGUGAGCCCGGCUACGUGCUCAGUGGACAGCAGUGUGUGCCCAGGAGCCAGUGCAGCUGCAGGGACGCCCAGGGCAACUCCCUCCCUGCGGGUAAGUCCUGGUUCUCCGGAGGCUGCUCCAAGAGGUGUGUCUGCAGAGCGGGCGUCAUUCAGUGCGGGCCCUUCGCCUGCCCCUCGGGCUCCCAGUGCCAGCCCAACAAGGACUGCAAAGACUACUGCGCACCCGAGAAGUCGGAGCAAUGCACAAUUUAUGGGGACCCCACUUACCGCACAUUUGAUGGCCUCAGCUACCGCUUCCAGGGCCGCAUGACCUACUUUCUGAUCAAGACCUUGGACGUGCUCCCUGAUGGGGUGGAGCCCUUGGUCGUGGAGGGCCGCAACAAGGUGUAUCCGUCCUUCAACCCCAUCUUCCUGCACGAAAUCAUCGUGACGGUCUACGGCUACACAGUCCAGCUCCAGACGGAACUGGGACUUGUAGUCAACGGUCAGAAGGUGACCAUCCCCUACGAGCCCAACGACCAGCUGCGGGUCACCAUGCGAGGCCACCGCCUGUAUCUGAUCACAGACUUUGAGCUGGUCAUCAGCUUCAAUGGAAAGAACAACGCAGUGAUCUCCCUGCCCAUCACGUACCGAAGGCUUGUGCGCGGCCUGUGCGGCAACUACGACCAGAACAAGAGGAAUGAUUUUAUGCUGCCCGACGGUGCCCUCACCCAGAACCUCCUUGUCUUUGGCAACAGUUGGGAGGUGAAGAAGACCAAGGGAGGCCUCCCCCGCUUCUCAAGGGAGGUACAAGAGGAGGAAGUGAAAGAAGAGGAGGUGUCAGGCUUUCAUGUGUCAGAAUGCAGCCCGGAGCAGCUGGAGCUCAUCGAGCACACACGGGCGUGUAGCGUGCUGGUGGACCCCCAGGGCCCCUUCGCUGCCUGCCACCAGCCUGUGGCCCCGGAACCCUUCCUGGAGCACUGUGUGUCUGAUCUGUGUGCCGCCCGGGACCCCAAAGAGCAGGACGAGCGGCGUUGCCAGGUCCUCAGCGGGUACGCCAUCAUCUGCCAGGAGGUGGGCGCCAACCCAGUCAGCUGGCGGAACCACACCCACUGCGCCUUGCCGUGUCCAGCCAAUACCGUCUAUCAGAGCUGUAUGACACCCUGCCCAGCCUCCUGUGCCACCCUGGCAGCUCCCAGGGACUGCAAGGGCCCCUGCGUGGAGGGCUGUGCCAGCCUCCCAGGCUACAUCUACAGCGGUGCCCAGAGCCUCCCCCUGGCCCACUGCGGCUGCACCAACAAUGGCAUCUACUACCAGCAGGGUGACGGCUUCGUGACCGAGGAUUGCUCCCAGCGCUGCACCUGUGCCAGCUCGGGGGUCCUGCUGUGUGAGCCCCUCAGCUGCAGCCCUGGGGAGAUCUGCACCCUGGGGAACCUCACUCGUGGCUGCUUCCGAGACAGCCCGUGCCUACAGAACCCCUGUCAGAAUGAUGGUCGCUGCCAGGAGCAGGGAACCCACUUCACCUGUGAGUGUGAGCUUGGUUACGGGGGACACCUCUGCACGGAGCCUCGGGAUGUGCCACCCCCCAAAAAGCCAGAAGCCUCCAACUUUGCGGUCAUCCUGUUGGGAUUGCUGGUGACUGUGCUGGUCAUAGUGUCAGCAGUGACCAGAGAAUGCAUUUCCAGGAAGAGGAGGGGGGAGAAAAUGCAGGGCCAGACCAGAGACGAGCUGCCAGAUUUUGCUCCAGACCAUGCCUUCAAAGUCGCUCAGUUUUGAGUUGUCCACAGAAGAAGGAGACAUAAAAUUAUUUAUUUUUGAGA